GUUAGCACUGGCACUCUAGCUUAGGCACUUCCCCUGAAUCUUAGAGGAGGAACGAUUGGCCAGGUGUGAAAUUGCCCAUACCCCUUGAGCAACCCAAGUCCAACACGACCCGUAUCCUUCUCUCCUGGCUCUGGCUCCUAGCCUCCUUUAACAUUUUCCCCUUGGUUCAGGUUCCCCAAGUUUCCACUUCAACCACCGCAAGCAAAACCAUACUCGAUUUGAGUCGUUGCUCGACGUUUGGUGCCUUCGACCUAUUCCUGCCGUAUCUCCUCAGCUUCACCUUAACUUCGCGAAUCCAAUCUUCAAGAUGUCGUCCAUGGGCAAGAUGAUCCGUCGAAAGAAGAAUGUCAAGAAGGGUAUUCAGUUCUGCCUGAUGGUCUGCGGUGCUUCAGGCACUGGCCGUACCACGUUUGUCAACACACUCUGCGGAAAGAGCGUUCUCGAUCACAAGGAGUCCGACGAUGCUGGCAGCGCCCACGUUGAGGAUGGUGUCAAGAUCAAGCCCAUCACUGUCGAGCUCGAGCUUGACGAGGAGGGUACUCGCAUCUCCCUCACAAUUGUCGAUACCCCCGGCUUCGGUGACCAGAUUGACAACGAGGCUAGCUUCUCAGAGAUCGUCGGCUACCUCGAGAGACAAUAUGAUGAUAUUCUUGCCGAGGAGUCUCGUAUCAAGCGUAACCCCCGCUUCAGAGACAACCGAGUCCAUGCUAUGCUUUACUUUAUCACUCCCACUGGUCAUGGCCUCCGAGAACUCGACAUCGAGCUCAUGAAGCGCCUCGCUCCUCGUGUCAACGUUAUCCCCGUUAUUGGUCGCGCCGAUUCGCUCACCCCCGCCGAGCUCGCCGAGUCCAAGAAGCUGGUUAUGGAGGACAUCGAGCACUACCGCAUUCCCGUCUACAACUUCCCCUACGACAUUGAGGAGGACGAUGAGGAUACCGUUGAGGAGAACGCUGAGCUCCGUGGCCUUAUGCCUUUCGCCAUCGUUGGAUCCGAGGAGGUUGUUGAGAUUGGUGGCCGCAAGGUUCGCGCUCGUCAUUACCCCUGGGGUGUUGUCGAGGUUGAUAACCCUCGUCACUCCGACUUCCUUGCUAUUCGAUCUGCCCUGCUUCACAGCCACUUGGCUGAUUUGAAGGAAAUCACCCACGACUUCUUGUACGAGAACUACCGUACCGAGAAGCUGUCUAAGAGCGUUGAGGGUGCUUCCGGAAAUGCCGAUAGCUCAAUGAACCCUGAGGACCUUGCCUCUCAGUCAGUUCGCCUCAAGGAAGAGCAGCUCCGACGAGAGGAGGAGAAGCUGCGCGAGAUCGAACUCAAGGUGCAGCGCGAGAUCAACGAAAAGCGACAAGAGCUAUUGGCCCGCGAGUCCCAGCUCCGAGAGAUCGAGGCCCGCAUGCAACGAGAGGCUGCUUCUCAGGCCACUGGCACACCUGAGCCCAAUGGCGAGGAGCCACUCAACUAGACCUAUCACUUCACAUUUUAGGUCUUUUGCGGUGUUUCAAAAAUGCGACGUUGGACUAUUGUCUAUUGCUGGCGUUGGUUUUUCCUCUCCCACGACUGAAGAGAAAGAUGAGAAUAUUCCCCCUGCUGCUGAACAAUUGAGUUGUCGUUUUCUUUUUUCUUCGCCGCCCUCCUUCACUCAUCAAACGUCUGCUAUUCUUAAAACGAUUCUGGGCAUGCCAUCUGGAAACGGUUUCCCUGGGAUGGCGGGCGGCUACCCAUUGUUUAGAAGCAUUCUCAAGGGAGGGUCAUUAUGUAUCUGGCUGUUGUAGGGACGCAGCUUGCGGGGAGUGUCUUAACGGGAUGAAGACGCCCUUGCGCUACGAUACGAUGCAUGCAGACGACUGGCGGAUAGGACAUAUUGCCGUGUCCUGGUGCCAUCUUGUGGUCAUAUUAGACUUGUAUUGGGCGUACAUCGUUGUCCAUUCUUGGGCGACACAACCUUGAUUGUUUCUUUUUUCUAGUGGCCUUCUAAUGCUGAUAUCAAAUAAAUUCAAUAUUUUUUGUAAUACGAUUGUUGAACUCUUAAGCACUUGCUAAAUCUUGAAACUUGGAAAUACUCAUG